AUGCCUCCCAGUGACGCUGAACUGGCCAGCCAGGCUCUCAACGAGGAAUCUAUCUAUCGCUUCCGCUCAUUCAACGCCAACGACGCCGUCACGCUCGGUCUCUCUCUUCGAAAACGGUUCCGAGCGUCUUCGCGUCACGCCAAGGGGAAAGGGCUUGUGAUCUCUAUUGAGACCAUCGCUGGUCAUACUUUGUUUGCGUGUACCGUCGGUGACCUGGGCGGGCUUUCCGGCGUCGGCGAUGUCAGUCUUGACAGUUGGUCGUGCCUUGAGGGUAUGAUUGCUGUUGUGCGCCGCACGGGUCACUCCAGCUACUACGUCGAGAAAGGCAUGGGUGCUAUGGGCAAGACGCCAAAACAGCUAGGUAUCGAAGGCAACUACAGGAUCAAUGGAGGGGCGUUCCCUAUUUGGCUUGAGAAUGCACCGUGCUGUCCGAUCGCAGUAGUGGCAUGCUAUUCAGGAUCGAGUGCCGACGAUCAUCAUAUAGUUGUUGCGGCGGUCCGGGAUUACCUCAAAAAAUUGUCCAGGGAUGACGAAUUCACCCUGCCAACAGCCUCGAUGCCGAUGCCUGUCCCUCCAAGGGACACUCGAGAAAGCACCGUAUGA